AUUUUUUUCACAGCUCUGGUGGAAACCUCUCCUGUGUUGUAGUGUUUGUGUGCAUUUACUAUUUUAUGAUGGCAGGAGGCAUAUGGCUUAUAAUAUUGGCAUAUUCUCUUCAUACUAGUUUUAAAUCAUACGCUGCAGGGCUGUGUGGGGAUGAAUUAGAACGUCGAGCUGCAUAUUUCCAUCUUGUCUCAUGGUCUUUGCCUUUGGUCUUAACCAUAACUAUAAUGUUACUAGCUGAGAUAGAAGGAGACUCCCUAGUUGGAAUCUGUUUUUUGUCUCAUACGUUACACAUUCGAAUAGGAUUUUUGCUUCUUCCUGUCAUCAUUAUUGUUGCUAUUGGCUGUUUCUUCCUUAUACAGGGCAUGAUGCGGUUAAUCCGGUUGAAAAUAGAAUGCUUCAACAUUAUUAGUGACUCAGCCAACAGCAAGAUUGUGGAAACCAUAAUUAGACUGGCAGUUCUUACUAUAUCUUUAGUCACCUUCACAGCUAUUACUAUUUAUUGCCAUAUUUAUCAGUAUAAAAACCAGCAUCUUUGGGACGAAGCACUACGAGAAUAUGUUAUGUGUGUGUCAGGUAUGAGAUCUGAUCUUGAAGACAGCAGCGUGUCUCCGAGUUGUAAACUAGCCCAUCGACCAAAUAUAAAUGUACACAAGCUUCAUCUCUUGGCUUUAUUUGGUGCUGGAAUCAUCAUGUCUUCUUGGUGUUGGACUCGCAACACAGUGCAUGCCUGGAAAAGGUUUUUGAGAAGGGUAGCCAAUGUUAAAGAGCAUCACACCCACCCUCAAGGGCUACUAUUUACUCCUUAUUUCGAUAAAGUGGCUGGUGUGUCUUCAGAGGAACCUUUGCGUUUGUCUAAGCAUAAGGUCAUAGCGCAAGCAUUUGCUAAACGUCAUGAUCUUAAUACAGCUGGAAGACUUUCAAUUAGUUUGCACUCACUGCAUGCAGAUCCUAUUGGUUUGAAUUUUGACAUGAACAGUGCAACAUCUGGCGAUUUGUCUUCAGCAUGGGCAACUGCUAUACCUCAUUUGAUGGCAAGGCGUGGAGCAGUAGUUGGGUCAGCAGCUCUUGGACUGCGCAGAAACUCAGUUGACUCAGAAUAUAGCAUAAGUAGAAGGUGAUAUUGAUGUUCUUCACAGA